GGGUUCCUCACCGCCGUCUUGUUGACUGAAACUGCUUCAGAAAACUGAGAGCGAGCUCAGUCGUCUGUUAGACAACGGUUCCGAGCGGAGAACUUGUUGAAUGUGAAUUAGUUCCUCUUUUUGGAGAGAACAGUGGUCUACAGAAACAUGGUGGAGUCCCAUUUUCAGAUCCAGCUCACCGCCAUCCUGGACGUGUUGAUGAAAACAGCGGUGUCGGACAUCUGCGCUCUGGCCGACAGCUGGGUUCAGUCUUUACAGACGGAAAUCAGGAGAAGCCAAAAGGAGAAUGAGGACUUAAGACAAAGACUGUACAGCAUGAAACAGCAGCCUCCGGCAAAAGCACCGCAGGAGGAGAGCCCGAACAGCGAGGCCGAGGAGGACGCCUGCGGUGAGCUGAGUGACGACUGUAAGGAAAUGGGGGAAUACACAGAGACUGAAUCUGCAGUGCCCAAAAGAGGACAGUGGCGCGUCAUGCUGCAGAAAUGGAACCCUGUACUUGUAGGAGCAAAAGCAGAGGUGCUGGACGGAUCCAUUAGCGAAAUACAGGAGGAAAAGCUGGAUGCAACACCUCCUGAUGCAGCUUAUUCGCCUGUUUGUCUGGAUAUGGAAGAAAACCACCCACUUUAUGAAAUCAAGACAGAAUCAGAGAAGGCUCUACCUGCUCUCCAGAAGUCAGAAUGCAGUCCAGACGUCAGUGUAGACUUUCAAAAUGAAUGCGAAGAACCUGCAGUGCUUAGCGAAGAGAAUGAGACAGAGAGCAUUCAACAUGUCCCACAACCUAAAAGAGAAGAGGAGGAAGAGUUUGACAUCUCCUGCCUGCUGACACCUAAUCUACAGCUUAAUUCCACACAUCUGCGCCGAGAUGACCAUACAGAGUCUACAAACUCCGACUGCACAAGGAAUUUCAAUUUGGACAGAGAUUUCAGUUUAUCAGUGCCAGCCCCAAAUGACGAACAUUUUUCAGAAAGAACCUCAGUUUCUCUAAGGUGUGAUAAACAGAUAGGGGGUAUGUUUAUUUGCAAUAUCUGCGGGAAAACUCUUACGACCAAAAGAUCGUUUAUUUGUCAUUUGAGAUUACAUACUGGAGAGAAGCCCUUCGCAUGUACUCAGUGUGGAAAGAGAUUUGCUAAGAAAUUUAACCUCGAUAUCCACUACAACAUCCACUCUGGAGCAAGACCCUAUGUCUGUACUCUCUGCCCAAGGUCAUUCGCUGACCCGAGUGCUUUUGGAAGACAUAAGAUAAUGCACAGAAAGAAGUCACAGCUGGAGUCCUACAGCCCUAUGUGUAAAUUCAUUUGUAACAUAUGUGGGCAGAGUUUUUCAUCAAAACCCUCACUUGCUGUGCAUUCUAAAUUGCACACUGCAGAGAGGCAACACGGUGUACAGAAGGUUUUGCUCAGACACAUGCAUUAAAAAUUCACUACCCUACACUACAGUCUCUGUCUGGGGUCUAGUCAGAGAUCUAUACUAGAAAAGUAUACUUUCAUGUGCAGUUUAAAGCUUGUUUGUGCAUCCAUCUCCUAAUUUAAACUUCAUAACAAAGCCAUGGAUGGAGAUAAGGAGACAGAGAGUGUUCAACUGCUUCACAGAAAACAAACGGUAGGACAACAGAAACAUUUCUCAUUAUCUCCAGUCAUCAGUGACCAAAAUGUUUAUAGUUUUUGUGUUGUUUUAAUAUCGUUAAAUAAAAUGGGCAUUUGAUACACAGUUGUGUCUUAGGUAUAUAGUUAUUAUAUUCAUAAACCUUUUAUGGAAACUCGUAUUUCUUUAUAUCACUAGAAAUCAACUACAGUAGAAAAAAAUCUCUAAAUUUACACACAUCAGAAUUACUACAAUUUGAAACAGUUUGCUUGCCUUUGGGUUUUCUUCAAAACCUGUAACCGUUCCAUCCUUUUGUUGACAUGUUAUUAUUCCAUAUUGCAAAAAGCGUUUUUCAUUGUUCCAUAUGUUGGAUAGAGGAAGUAGUAUCAACUGCUGUUGACCCUUCUUUCAACUUUUGUUUGUCCACUGUUUUUUUGUCACCUAGUAACCUGGAAGUUACCAAUACUUUAAUAUUGGAUAUAAUAAUGGCUUUUCUACUGUAUAAAAACAGCCAAUCAAAAGUAAAGCCAUCUCAUUAAAGAUGUGUAUGUAUUUUUAAAUGAUUUGGAAAUACAUUAUGCUGCCAUGUCAAUAACGGUGAAUUAGGUUCUUCAUUGUGUUUGAGAUCAUCAUAGACUGGAGCCACAUGAAACGUGUAUCAGUUGUUCUUCUAAGAAGUCUUGCUGUUGCAUUUUGAUUACAUUUGUUAAUCUUUAAUAUUUUGCUCUUUAGAGAAAACAGUAAAUAGCAAACACAAAGCAAUUUGAGGCUUUUAUUUGAUCAUCAGUAAGAUCAUCGGAUUAAAGUUCAGGCACCUCAAAA